AGAAAGCAAUUUUAAUAUAAAAGAUAGCAUACAACAAAUGCUGCGUAUGCAAGCAGCAUCAAACGUUACACUGGAAGAUAUACAACGACGAUUAUUAAACGUAGAAAACGCCAUUAAACGUCGCGCAUUGAGUCCUGCUACAAUUAAUGAUAAUCUCACAACUCCAUUUUUACCCUUAACAACAACUGAAGUUAUGACAGAAUUUGAUGUACUCUUGAAAACGUCUCAUGAAGCAGUUACACAAUUUAAAGAGUUUUUGUCAAAGAUAGGUGGAAAUGAUGCCAGGAACAAUAUUCACCAUAUCCUCAAAAAGACCUUAACAAACAAAUGUUCCAUGAAAUGUUCUUGGAAAGGGUUACGAAAUAAUUUCAAAGUAUCAAAUUUACAUUUUAUACAAAUUAUGAAAAGAGACGUGAUAUCGCGUUAUGCUACAUGUACGGAAACAGAUUUUGAAAAUAUUGUUGCAGAAUGGUUACGCUUCGCAACCCAGCGAAAUAAAAGAGACAGAGCAAAGGAAAAUAUUGAUGGAAACAAUGCUGGUGAUAUGGAAAUAUAA